CAGACUGCUUCUACAAAUGUUUGUGAAAGAAUGGGUUGUUCUCAGGAGCUCAGUGAAUUCAAGCGUGGUACUGUGAUAGGUUGCCACCUGUAUAAUAAGUCCAUCCGUGAAAUUUCCUUGCUACUAAAUAUUUCACAGUCAACUGUUAGUGGUAAUAUAACAAAGUGGAAGCAACUGAGAGCAACAGCAACUCAGCCACGAAGUGAGUGGGGUCAGCACAUGCUGAAGCGCACAGUGCGGAGAAGUCGCCAACUGUUUGCAGAGUCAAUAGCUUAAGAGCUCCAAACUUUGUGUGGCCUUCAGAUUAGCAUAACAGUGUGUAGAAAGCUUCAUGGCAUGGGUUUCCAUGGC